AACCUCUCCACCUACAAGUUGCAAGGUUAUAUGUUCAUGAAUUGCAACUUCAAUUGUAACCUUUUGGAGCAGGAAGCUGGACGGAGAAACUUCCCAUGGGCCAGGCCAUGCGAUGGAUGCCAUGCAACACCAAGCAUGGUCUACUGCCGUGUUGAUGCUGCAUACCUCUGCGCAUCAUGUGACGCACAGGUUCAUUCUGCUAAUCGUGUGGCAUCACGCCAUGAGCGUGUGCGUGUCUGCGAAAUCUGUGAGAGUGCACCGGCAGUGCUGGCAUGCCGUGCAGAUGCAGCAGCACUGUGCACGACCUGCGAUGCACAGGUGCACUCUGCCAACCCAAUUGCUCAGAGGCACCAACGAGUGCCUGUGCUGCCACUUUCAGCUGUUGCCAUUUCAGCUGCCUCUGGUUUCGCAGAGGUGAGAGCUGCCACUAUCCAUGGCGACAAGGAAGAAGGAGAGGAAGUGGACUCUUGGCUCCUUCUAAGAAGAAAUUCUGAUGACAACAAUUGUUCCAACAGCAUAGAUCGAUACUUCAAUCUUGUUGGAUACAAUCCGUAUUAUGACAACGCCACUUGCAACCCAGGACCAGGAGAGCAAUACAGAUUGCAAGAACAGCAGGUGCAGAACAGGUACAGAGAGAAGGAAGGAUCUGAGUGUGUAGUACCUUCACAAAUCGUCAUGGCAAGUGAGGAACAGGAAAGUGGUUAUCGAAUUAUAGGGACAGAGCAGGCUGCCUUCAUGACUGUUGGGGCCAGUACCUACACAGCUUCCAUCAGCAACAGCAUAUCUUUCUCAUCAAUGGAGGUGGGUAUAGUACCAGACAACACCAGACCAGAUAUCUCAAAGACCAACAUCCUAACAACCAGUGGAGCCAUGGAACUCUCAGUCCAUUCAGUUCAGAUGCCAGUGCAUUUCAGCUCCAUGGACAGAGAGGCCAGGGUCCUCAGGUACAAGGAGAAGAAGCAGGCAAGAAAGUUUCAGAAGACCAUAAGGUACGCAACAAGGAAAGCAUAUGCAGAAGCAAGGCCAAGGGUCAAGGGUCGCUUUGCUAAAAGAUCAGAUAUAGAGCAUGAAGUAAACCACAUGUUGUCACCACCAGUUCUACCAGAAAGUAGUUAUGGUACUGUUCCCUGGUUCUGAUGUAAUAGGAAGAGGAAAUUAUGUUGACCGACACAUGGGGUGAUGGUCUCAGUAAUCAUAUGGUUCAGUGCAAGUGUUCAAAUUCUCUAAGUGUAUUGUCAACCAAAGUGCACUGCAGUUUGGUUACCAUAGUACUGCAGUUUACUCUGUAACUUAGAAGAUAUUAAAUAUUUAUUAUGACUAGUUCUACAACCAUGUAGAAGUAGUCGUGUAUGCUAACAGUAAAUGUGCAGUGUAACAUAAGAGAAAACUUCUAAACAGGUAUUCCAGUGUUU